GUACCGAAAAAAAGGUGUUUAAAACGUAUUUUUGUUAAAGUAGCUAAACAAACGAAAAGAAAUCAUUUAACAAAAUAGAUUGCGUACAUAAACUCAAUAAUAAAAGAGACGAAAUGUUAAUCCAAACGAAUUUGUGUAUUCAUCCAGCAAAGUCUCAUCUCUGGCAUAUAUCACAAAAUAUAUAUAAUUCCUUGUAUUUCAAUAAUGCCGUAGUCAUUUGUUUAUUAUUGUCAUUCGUUGUCAUUUUUACCAUCUAUUGCUUCCUAGAUUUCGUGCGGCACGGCCCAAGGAACCAGCUGCUGUGCCAAUGCGGACGCUACUAUAACACAAUGAACCGCCUGAUGCUGCAUCAGAGCGAGGAGUGCCAGGACUUUAAGCGUUUCCAGUGUGACUAUUGCCUCAAGUGGUUCAAGCGACGCUCCCAUUUGAAUCGCCACAAGAAGCUGCAUCAGGCAGUGCUGGCCGCCGAGCGCAGGCUUAUUUACAGGCAAAAUCAAAAGCAAAAACUGGUUGCAGAAAAAACAACAACUACGCAAACAGCAACAGAAACAACACUGCAGCAACUGGCCUCCAUUUCAACAGCCCGCUCGCUGCAGCAUCUGGUGCCGCAUUUGCCACACAAUUUGCACAUCGACACUAGCAGCCUGGUCGCCGGACGCAAGCUGCCACGGCAGAGCUCCAAGCGCUUGCCACCAUACGAAUCCAAUCGCUGUCCUCUGUGCGCACGCGUCUAUCGAUCCCAGGCCUUCCUCAACGAGCACAUGCGCAAUGAGCACUCGGUUUUGAUUUAG